CCUGCGCCACUGCAGCUCCGCCUCUCGUGUCGCAACGAAGGAGUUAAAGUCCAAAAUCCUAUUAGCUCACGGCCUCAGUUGUACGCUCACCAUGCGGGUUAUACUUUAAUUGAUCUCGACACGUCACAUGAUCGCAAAUCAGCGGCUGCAGGUUGGAAGUUUUGUCAGCCUUUUACGGCUCUGCCCCAUGAGCCGCACGCCUCCGAGAGAAGAAGAGCCGCAGACAUGGAUUUCAUGACGGAUCGGGAUGUACAGAAGUACAUGCAGGAUGGGUACGUGGUUCUGGACGGGCUGCUGUCCGCUCAGGAGUGUGACGAGCUGAGGCAGAGGAUGACGGAGAUAGUGGACCAGAUGGACGUCCCGCAGCACUGCCGCACCACCUUCUCCACCUAUCACGACGAGCAGCUCAAGAAACAGGGAAACGCUGACUACUUCAUCACCAGUGGAGAUAAGAUCCGCUUUUUCUUUGAGAAAGGAGUGUUUGACGACAAAGGGGAGUUCAUCGUACCAAGACAGCGUUCGCUUAAUAAAGUCGGACAUGCGCUACACGCCUAUGAACCAUUGUACAAGAAGGUUACACAUUCACCCAGAAUUCAGGGCAUAGCCAAGAAGCUGGGGCUUGUAAGUCCUGUGAUACUGCAAAGCAUGUUCAUUUUUAAGCAACCAGGGAUUGGUGGAGAAGUGACGCCGCAUCAAGACGCCACGUUUCUGUACACGGAGCCCCUCGGCAGGGUUAUGGGGGUGUGGAUCGCCCUGGAGGACGCCACUGUUAACAAUGGCUGCCUGUGGUUCAUCCCGGGCACACAGAACAGCGGCAUUUCUCGGCGCAUGGUGCGCACCCCACCAGGCACCUUCCCCCUGACGGACUUCAUCGGCCGAGAGCAGACCUACGAUGACGAGAGGUUCAUCCCUGCGCCUGUUAAAAAAGGUGGCGUAGUCCUGAUCCACGGGGAGGUGGUGCAUCGCAGCGCCGAAAACACCUCGGAGGAAUCUCGCCAUGUCUACACCUUCCACAUCAUGGAGUCCCAGGACACCCGCUGGAGCCCGGACAACUGGUUGCAGCCCACUGAAGAGCUCCCGUUCCCGCCUCUCUACACCAAAUGAACGAGGUUUUGAGAAUUUUUCGCUGCAGUUUUUCUGGAAGGACACGCAGCAAAUUUCUUCCUCGAAGAAGGACCAACAUGUAUGAACUGUUUGACCAAUUUCUCAGGGUGUGUUUUGUACCCUAAAAAAAAACCAAACAAGCAAAAAAAAACACCUUAAUGAUGACCAACUCACAUUUUUGAUGAAAGUCUUUUAAAAUGAGAAUUUUUAAUAGAGUGGGAAAAAAUAAAUUGAAUAAAAGUUUUUUAAACUUUUA